ACCCAGAAGGCUCCUAUGAAACCUCUUCUCAUCUCAAAAUUCUGACCUUUAUAACUAUCCUCCCCACACUCUCUUUUUCCACUCAACUCAAUACUCUCCCCACUUUGAAUUCUUUCAAGAAUUUAAAUAUAUAUAGCUGAAAUUAGAUUCUUCAACUCUCUUUCCCUCGUUUUAUUAGCAGAUCAAAAAUGGCCUCACCACAAGAGAAUUGCACACUUGAUUUGAUAAGGCAGCAUCUUUUUGAUGAUGAUGCUUUUAUGGAAUGUUACUGCUCUGAACCUACCACCCUUGAUUCCCAAAACUCCUCCUCUUCUGAAUCUCUGGACCAGAGUUUCUCUUUUGAACCAACUCUCAACUAUGCCGACACAGCCCAAAGUUCCAGUUUUGAAAUCUCUAGCUUCUUUGACAAUUCAAAAACAGAGUUUGACUGCUUUGAGUUGGAGACAAUUCAAAAACAGAGUUUGAAUUCUCGGAAGCAAACAAGCUUCAAAGAACGCAAGCCUUCUCUGAACAUUGCAAUACCUGUGAAGCUGCAGAAAGUGGAAGUAGUUCCAAGCGAGAAGAAGCAUUACAGAGGAGUUAGGCAAAGGCCGUGGGGCAAGUUCGCAGCAGAAAUUCGUGACCCGAACCGAAAGGGGACUCGGGUUUGGUUAGGAACGUUUGACACUGCCAUUGAGGCGGCCAAGGCAUAUGACAGGGCGGCGUUUAAGCUUAGAGGAAGCAAAGCAAUAGUGAAUUUCCCUCUCGAAGUUGCAAACUUUAAGCAAGAAUAUAAUAAUGAGAUUCCACAGUCGGCUAACUCAGGCCGGAAAAGGGUGAGAGGAACAGAGAAUGAGGAGCAAUUAGUUAUCAAUAAGGAAAUGAAAAGAGAAGAAGAAAGAGUCCCUACUGCGGCGGCUCCAUUAACGCCGUCAAGUUGGUCGGCGAUUUGGGACAGCGGAGACGGAAAAGGAAUUUUUGAGGUGCCGCCUCUUUCCCCAUUGUCUCCACAUAUAGGGUAUUCUCAGGUUGUGAUGAUAUGAUCAGAUAAGGAACGGCAACGUAUAUAGAUUGUGGUGUUAGUAUUUAGUAGAUGAAGGAUAAAUAUUGCACCUGACUGUAAAAAGUCUGUGGUGAUUAAUUUCUCAGCCAAAAAAAGAAAUAUGGGGGAAGGUGGGGGUAGCUACGGGAAUUAGUAUGGUGAUAAUAAAGAUUGGUGUCUGGUCUCCUCCUUAAGUCUUUUGAUUAAAUUUUAUUGUUUAUGUAAAAACGUCAGUCAGAGAUCUGUUUGAUUGUUUUAUAUAUUCAUAUCUAUGAAA